AGGACUAAACCUUCCGUUCGAAAAAUGCGCCGAAUGGAAUCAUCAACGAGUGGAAUUCAUAAUCUCAAAACACGGUUGUAGCUCUAUCUGUCGACUCUUUCAAACAAAGGUUGAAUCAACUGAGAGACCAUAAUUAUAAUAACUAAUACAAAUCAUUAAACCUCCUGCCCUUCCCAAACUGAAACCAAAACUCGAAACUGAAACUUCAAAUAUUCAAAACAGCCAUUGUCACUAACCACUGAGGUCACUAAAGACGGAAGGUGGUUAAAUCGUUCGUUUUCUACUCAUAGUCGUUUUGCGUCUCGUUCGUCCCAAUGUUUCAUGAAUUCGCUAGUUGGUAUAGAAGGUGGCGAUUCGGUGAAGGGACACGUAUUGAUUUAGUUCUAAUUGGCCCACCAGGUAGUGGAAAAGGGACUCAGGCAGUAAAAAUAGCUGAACGUUAUAAAAUCUGCCAUUUAUCUACUGGAGAUAUUCUUAGAGCCAUUAUAGCAUCAGGAUCAGAACUUGGUCAAAAAGUACAGAAAAUUACGGAAUCAGGAGGACUUGUUUCAGAUGACAUAGUUUGUGACCUAAUCGCACAAAAAAUCAAUUCUCCGGAAUGUAAAAAUGGACUUCUAUUCGACGGGUUUCCACGUACACUAGAACAAGCCAAAAAACUUGAUAACCUUCUUAGAGAUCGUCAGAUUCAUCUGUCGGCUGCCUUGGAAUUCAAGCUCGAUCCUACCAUCUUGGAAAAAAGGAUUUGUGGCAGAUUAUUCCACUUAGCUAGUGGUAGGUCAUAUCAUGAAUUGUUCAAUCCCCCGAAAGUCCCCAUGGUAGAUGACAUUACUGGUGAUCGUCUCGUCCAUCGCUCCGAUGACAAACCUGAAGCUUUGAAAAAGCGCUUGUAUGAGUAUGAGAAAAAUGCAACACCUAUUUUACAUUUCUAUGAAUCUCAAAAUAAACUACUUCGAAUAAACGCAAACAAAGAUGUUAAUCAGGUGUUCAGUGAUAUUCAGGAACUUAUUCGUUUGAAAUUAGCAGAGGGACGAUAGGCGUAUAAAAUGUUCCUAGUGACCUUAUUUUAGUGUUUAAAUUAAAAGACUACUUCGAACAAUAUCUACCACUAUACUUUCCUGGGUUUUUCUUGAUGGAUAGUUUCCCUAAAAACAAUAACCAAAUUAUGUGUAGUUUUGCUUUCCCGAGAUUAAUUUUGUGUAUUGCAUAAUAAAAACCUCCAGUUAUCA